AGGAAGUCAGCCCCGGAGUUUAGAUAAGAUCUUUGCGACACACAGCUUGAUGGUGGCAGGGCCAGUGGCAGUAAUCACUGUUUCAUCAUUCUGAGAAAUCGGAACGAUAGCAGAAGCAGCAAGUGAAAAGCUCCGUCUUAGACAAUGACAUCUUACAACCGGACUUUGUCUUAAAAGGGGAAGGCAACAUGGGAAACCACAUGCCCAAACCUGAACCAAACCAUAAGGGACCAGGCACCCAUCCCACCAUAGUCUCGGCAGUGACCUCUGCACCCUGCCUCUCUGGCCACCCCAACAAAGAAUAUUUGGUCUUAGCCUUUUUUGCUGGGGUUAUACUGACACUGCUGCUGAUGGCCUUUGUCUUCCUCAUCAUAAAGAGCUGCAGAAAAUCAGGUCAUUCCAGGCCCCAGACCCUGGAUCCUCCUUCAGAUCAUCUAGCCAAGCUUUCAUCCUCAGAGGAGGUACUUACCUAUGCCAGCAUGACUUUCAAAGCCCCCAGAGAAAACAGCAAUCACCUGAACAAGAGUGUACAGACUGCUGUACACUCGGAUCCUGUUGUCUAUGCUCAGGUUAAAGUGACAAACUCACCUUGCCUCUCCAGUGAGGCUUGAGUCCAGUUCCUUUUAUCUCAACUCCAUCUUCAUCCAUCACUUUCCAUUUUAACAAAUUUUGGACUACGACCGGAUGAAACCACAGCUGGAGCUGUCUGGGUGUGCUCGGACAAUGCUAGUCACCAGUUUGAAGACCAAGGGUCAGUCUUUUCCUGGCCUGAGAGAAGAUAUGUGGCCCUCCCACUUGGACCAACAGACUGUUAGACCAUUGAGAGCUGAGACUACCUCCCCUGUCACCUUCUAAAAAGUGUGAUACAGAGCUCACAGCACUAAGUGUUUCCUUGGCAUCACUGAUCUACUUGGGAGGAGUCAACCAGAUGAACAAUCCAGGUUGGAUGACAAAUAAAAGCAAACUCUGCAAUGCU